CUCUCCUGCCUCUCCUGUCUGCCUGCCACUCCACCUCGUGUCCUAGAGUGAAGAGAUGUACUGUCCCCCUUUCCUGCUCCAUCUAAAGUGGCUUUGGGAAUGCCAGGAGUAAACAAAAGUGGCAGAGGACUCGGUUCCCCUUCCCCUCCCCAAGAGAAGCUCGGGAGAGGAGGGACAGGACAGAGAACCAGAGGGAGAGAGGAAGCCAGCAACUGGGACAGGAGGAGGGGUCGGUCAGCGCCAGUCAGAGCUGAAGUCUGUGGAGCCAACAGAUCCGGAGCGGAGCAGCCCCCCUAUGCUGUCUGCGGACGAUGCCGAGUACCCGCGGGAGUACCGGACCCUGGGGGGCGGGGGCGGCGCGGGCAGCGGGGGCCGGCGCUUCUCCAACGUGGGGCUAGUGCACACGUCCGAGCGGCGGCACACGGUGAUCGCCGCCCAGAGCCUGGAGGCGCUCAGCGGGCUCCAGAAGGCGGACGCCGACCGCAAGCGCGAUGCCUUCAUGGACCACCUGAAGAACAAGUACCCCCAGCACGCCCUGGCCCUGCGGGGUCAGCAGGACAGGAUUCGAGAGCAGGUUGGCGGCUGGACCGUGGACCCCGUGUGCCUCCUCAGCUCCCUCUGCUCCCACCUCCAUGGCGACUCCGCCCCCUCCGGGGCUGGCCAGCCGGCCCAGCAGCCAAACUACUGGAGUUUCAAGACCCGCAGCUCACGCCACACUCAGGGAGCCCAGCCGGGGCUGGCAGACCAGGCAGCCAAGCUGUCAUACGCCUCGGCUGAGUCGCUGGAGACCAUGUCGGAGGCGGAGCUGCCCCUGGGCUUCAGUAGGAUGAACCGCUUCCGACAGAGCCUGCCCCUCUCCCGCUCAGCCAGCCAGACCAAGCUGCGCUCACCAGGGGUGCUGUUCCUGCAGUUCGGGGAGGAGACUCGGCGCGUGCACAUCACGCACGAGGUCAGCAGCCUGGACACGCUACACGCGCUCAUCGCGCACAUGUUCCCGCAGAAGCUCACCAUGGGCAUGCUGAAGUCGCCCAACACCGCCAUUCUCAUCAAGGACGAGGCUCGCAACGUCUUCUACGAGCUGGAAGACGUCCGGGACAUCCAGGACCGAAGUAUUAUCAAGAUCUAUAGGAAGGAGCCUCUUUACGCCGCUUUCCCUGGCUCACAUCUUACCAACGGGGACCUCCGGAGAGAGAUGGUGUAUGCCUCGCGGGAGUCGUCGCCCACACGGCGUCUCAACAACCUGUCGCCGGCGCCGCACCUGGCGUCCAGCUCUCCGCCCCCGGGGCUGCCGUCCGGGCUGCCGUCCGGGCUGCCAUCCGGGCUCCCGUCGGGGCUCCCGUCGGGGCUCCCAUCGGGGCUGCAGUCCGGCUCGCCGUCGCGCUCGCGCCUGUCCUACGCCGGGGGGCGCCCGCCCUCCUACGCUGGCAGCCCGGUGCACCACGCGGCCGAACGGCUGGGGGGCGCCCCCGCCGCCCAGGGCGUCAGCCCCAGCCCCAGCGCCAUCCUGGAGCGGCGCGACGUGAAGCCGGACGAGGACCUGGCAGGCAAGGCGGGCGGCAUGGUGCUGGUGAAGGGCGAGGGCCUCUACGCCGACCCCUACGGGUUGCUCCACGAGGGCCGCCUGAGCCUGGCCGCGGCCGCCGGCGACCCGUUCGCCUACCCGGGCGCCAGCGGCCUCUACAAGCGCGGCUCGGUGCGCUCGCUCAGCACCUACUCGGCCGCCGCGCUGCAGUCCGACCUGGAGGACUCGCUGUACAAGGCGGCGGGCGGAGGCCCACUCUACGGCGACGGCUACGGCUUCCGCCUGCCGCCCUCGUCGCCGCAGAAGCUGGCCGACGUGGCGGCGCCCCCCGGGGGCCCCCAGCCUCCUCACAGCCCCUACUCGGGGCCGCCCAGCCGCGGCUCGCCGGUGCGCCAGUCUUUCCGCAAAGACUCGGGCUCCUCGUCGGUCUUCGCAGAGAGCCCGGGAGGCAAGACCCGCAGCACGGGGGGCUCCUCGACGGCCGGAGCUCCCCCGCCCGAGCUCUUCCCCGGGCCUGGGGAGCGCCCGCUCGUUGGGUUUGGGCCGCCAGUGCCAGCCAAGGACACGGAGACCAGGGAGCGCAUGGAGGCCAUGGAGAAGCAGAUUGCCAGCCUCACAGGCCUGGUACAGAGUGCCCUACUACGAGGCUCAGAGCCUGAGACCCCCAGCGAGAAGAUUGAAGGUUCCAAUGGAGCAGGCACCCCCUCAGCACCCUGUGGGUCAGGCAGCCGGAGCAGCGGCGCCACCCCAGUGUCCGGCCCUCCCCCGCCUUCAGCCAGCACACCUGCGGGGCAGCCCACCUCCAUCAGCCGUUUGCAGAUGCAGCUGCACCUGCGUGGCCUGCAGAACAGCACCAGUGACCUGCGCAGCCAGCUUCAGCAGUUGCGAAAGCUCCAGCUACAAAACCUGGAGUCGCUGCGCGCACUGCUCAAGGGCACAGAGGCGGAGCUGAGCAUGCGCGUGUCGGAGGCGGCGCGGCGGCAGGAGGACCCGCUGCAGCGGCAGCGCACCCUGGUGGAGGAGGAGCGGCUGCGCUACCUCAACGACGAGGAGCUCAUCACCCAGCAGCUCAAUGACCUGGAGAAGUCGGUGGAGAAGAUCCAGCGGGAUGUGUCCCACAACCACCGGCUGGUACCUGGGCCAGAGCUGGAAGAGAAGGCGCUGGUGCUGAAGCAGCUCGGGGAGACCCUGACUGAGCUCAAGGCUCACUUCCCAGGCCUGCAGAGCAAGAUGCGGGUAGUACUGCGUGUGGAGGUGGAGGCAGUGAAGUUCCUGAAGGAGGAGCCACAGCGCCUGGACGGGCUACUCAAACGCUGCCGUGGGGUCACGGACAUGCUGGCCCAGAUCCGAAGGCAAGUGGAUGAGGGGGUGUGGCCACCCCCCAACAACCUCCUGAAUCAGUCCCCCAAGAAGGUGACGGCUGAAACGGACUUCAGCAAGAACUUGGACUUCGAAAUGGCACCCCCUAGCCCUCCACUGAACCUCCAUGAGCUGAGUGGCCCGGCCGAGGGAGCCCCUCCUACUCCCAAGGGGGGCAACCCUACCAAAGGCCUGGAUGCUGCUGGCAAGAGAAGCGUGGACAAGGCUGUGUCUGUUGAGGCUGCUGAACGGGACUGGGAGGAGAAGCGGGCAGCCCUGACCCAGUACAGCGCCAAGGACAUCAACCGGCUGCUGGAGGAGACACAGGCGGAGCUGCUGAAGGCCAUCCCUGACCUAGACUGUGCGAGCAAGGCCCACCCAGGCCUGGCCCCCACCCCUGACCACAAGCCUCCCAAGGUCCCCCACGGCCAGAAGGCAGCCCCUCGAACGGAGCCCAGUGGAAGGAGGGGCUCAGAUGAGCUGACAGUGCCUCGGUACCGCACGGAGAAGCCCUCCAAGUCGCCCCCGCCGCCCCCUCCCCGCCGGAGCUUCCCCUCCUCCCACGGCCUCACCACCACGCGCACAGGAGAGGUCGUGGUCACCAGCAAGAAGGAUUCGGCCUUCAUCAAGAAAGCCGAGUCCGAGGAGCUGGAGGUGCAGAAGCCCCAAGUGAAGCUGCGCCGAACGGUGUCCGAAGUGGCCCGCCCAGCCUCCACGCCACCCAUCAUGGCCUCUGCCAUCAAAGAUGAGGACGAUGAGGACCGCAUCAUCGCCGAGCUAGAGGUGUUUGAGAGAAGCUCAGUGUCUUCCCUCCCCCCCACGCCCCGCCGCCAGCCGAUCCCCACCUUGCUGGCACCCCAGGACCUGGGGCCCCCUCGGGGCUCAGCCCAGGGCCCCACAUGGAAGGCUGCCCCAAGCCCCAGGGCCUUCUGCGUCCCCCAGAUCAUCUUGACAGAGUGUACCCCCAACCCUCCCUCACCACCAGAGGCCAGACCCGAGGAAGCUGGUCCCAGGACAACUCCCACUCCGCGCCCCCGGACCCUGCCUGGCAGUGGGAGGGGCUGUGAUGGUGCCCGGGCCCUGCCAGAGGUGGUGGCCAGGGCCUCCCAGCCUAGGAGCAGCUUGGCGCCUGACACAGAAGGGACUGCUCUGAAGAGACUGGGGACAGAGAGCUGUACCCCGGAGGAGGGAGGACCCGGGGCUCAGUGUCCUUGGAGACCAGCCCCUGAUGGGACUCAGGAGCCCCCCACUGCUGAGACCCACCCAGAGGAGACCGCCAAGGACACCGGCCGGGACACCCAAUCCUGCAGUGGGGAGCCCAGGGGCCAGCCCACUGGUGGCCUAGGCUGCACAGUGAGAGGCGCUGCCACCCAGCGAAUGGACAGCCUGGAGGAAACGCUCCGGGAGCUGGAAGCCACCCUGAGCCAGAUGGGCACUGCCCUCGCCGUGGGGCUCCCUGGCAGCCCCCUGCCCCUGCCACCCGGUCCCCAGAGCGGUGGUGGCAGCGUGCCACCCAUGAAGGUGGUGACUCCAGGGGCCUCUCGGCUGAAGGCGGUCCAGGGCCAGGCAGGCAGCCCCGACAAAGGCAAGCAUGGCAAGCAGAGGGCAGAGUACAUGAGGAUCCAGGCCCAGCAGCAGGCCACUAAACCAUCUAAAGAGAUGAGCGGGUCAAAUGAGACCUCAAGCCCAGUCUCAGAAAAGCCCACGGCUUCCAGAACCUCCAUCCCUGUAUUGACUUCCUUUGGGGCAAGGAAUUCUUCCAUUUCCUUCUAGAAGCUUCCACCCACCUCUGCCUCAGCCUGUCCCCCUCCUCAUCCCUGCCACUCCUCUCCCUGCUCUUCUUCCCUUCAUCUCCAACGCUACCCCCACACCAUGCUCUGCACCUUCGGAAGGCUUUGCCACGGGUACGGCCCUCCUCUACACCCAUCAUCCUCUGUUGGUGUUUUUGGUUUUUUAAAUGAUUCACUUUUAAUUUUUUUUUUUUAAGCAAAACAGUAAAACUAAAAACCAAAAUGCACCACCUUCCUUUGACUUUCCUGUUCCAAAUUGGCCCGCCUCCUGUCAUCCUUCCUUCUCUCUUUACCUGCUUCUUCCCAAAUCCAUCUUAAAAUUUCCUGUACCCUACACUCUCUUCUGAGAGCACUCCAAACAAACUCUGAGCCACGGAGACUUGGAGCGGCAAGACACCCCUCUCCCCUUCCUCGGAAGCCUUUCUGGAGGAGACUCUGGACGUUGGACCAAGCCCGCUCUCAGGCUGGCGGGGAGACUCGCCCUGGAAGCGCCCCGGCUGCCCAACCUCCACAGGACCAAACUCUGCUGCUCCGUUCCCUUCCUUCCGUUCCCUUCCGCACAACUUCCGCUUGUGCCCCGUGUGGGCCUGGAGUCAGGACGGGUGGGCUGCGGAGGGAGGCCAGGGUUGGAGGGGCCCUGGGGUGGCUGUGAGGCCUUUGAAUCUGUGUGUCCAUGGAGAGGAGUUGGCUCCCUGGGACUCCCUUCUUGCGGUGAGGAGCUGCCUAGCCUGUGCCAAGCGAGGAGGAGCAGGGGGACCCUUUUGGACGGUGGGUUGUGCACGGCCAGCCUGACACUGGGGUCCCCACCCUGGAAGAGGGCAGCCCCGAGGAGGACUAUUUGGUACUUUCAGUUUCCUAAUUUAGCACUUUAAAUGACAUUAACUUAUUUAAUGGGGGUGGGGUGGGCAAGGAUGAAGGGCCUAGAAAACUAGAUUUGGGGGCCUGAGGGGGGGGAAGGGUCUGAUUGUGAGGGCAGCAGGGGGAACAGAGAGGGGCUGUUGGGGGGGCAGUGAGGACAGCGCUGACCCAAAGGUCAGGUGACUUGACCUUUAACCAUCCUCUUUGAGAUUUGAGGAUUUUCAGGGAAGGGGGUGAGAUGAUAUUUAAAUGGGGAGCUGGUGACCCCUGGUGAGAUCUCUGAGGGUCCUUGAGGCCUGACCAGCCAGCCAGCGCCCCUGGCCCUGACCCUGUAGAUGCCUGCCUUGCAGAGGCUGUGGCAGUGAGGUUUGUGACCAGGUCCCAAGAAGGGAAGGAAAAGACCAGCUUUGGUUCUCAGCCCCCGGGGGGGCCCCCAGAGGGCACAAUGAGGGGCCAGCAGGGGGGUUAUGUGGGUGGGGGAUGAGGAGGCUGAUAGUGGAGGGUCCCGGCUAGCAGGAUUCCUAUUUGGAGCACAAAGUGAGGUAAGCACAGGGGAGGGUUUGGGAAUAGUCUCCCAGAGUAAGCACAGAAAGAAGGAGCCAUUGAAAGGGCAGGACCUCCUAGUCCCUGGGGCCUGGCUGGAAGGUCAGUGUUUGGGGGGAGCCAGGGGAACUGUUGAGGGUUGGGGAGGGAGGGGAGACUGGGGUUGUGUUUCUUCAUUUCCUUCUUUUUGUUUUGUUUUUUGUCGGUUCAUCCUUGUUUUCUAGCUUUGGAUCAUUUUUGUACAAAGGCAAGCAGGCCUUUUUGAAAAAUAACAAGAGGAAAAAAAAAUCCCUCCUGAAAAAAAAAAAAAAACCUUGGAAAAUAGGAAAAAAAAAGGACCUCAUAAAUGAUGCAAUUACUUUUAAUUGCAGACAAUUCUUUACAUUUAAGUGAAGUGUCUUAACAUUUUAUAUUGUUUUAAAAAUAUAUUUACAUAUUAUAUAUAUAUAAUAUACGUAAUAUAAAUAUAUAUAAAUAUUUAAAAAAGAAAAAAAAAAAAAGAAAACCACGGCGCUCUCUCCCUGGCCGCUGUUUUGGCAGCGGAGGGAGGCUAGAGGAUGGGCACAUCGGCCUGGCUUCUGUGGUCCAGUGAAAUGGUUUGGUUUGAUUUGGCUGUACAGAGACCCCCCCUGAUUGGGAGGGGAGGGGGGAGUGGUGCCCCCUCCUCCCUCCACUCCAUUACUCUUUGCUUGCUACUUUUCGCUUGCCCCCACCCUCAGCCCUGUGACCUGAAUGUGUGUCCCACCGUCUUUGUCCUGAGUUGAAUGUCCCUUUGUGGGGGGAGGAGGAGGUGUCCAUCCACCAGGGGCAGACGGAGGGAGCCGAGGGCGCCACCCCACCCGCUAGCCUAGAGCCCAAUGGGAUUUGCAUCUCUCUUUCCCGUUGACUCCUGCACAUUUCUGGGCUGAGAGGCGUUUGUAUGGAGUUGUGUGCAACCUGUGUGUGUGUAUGCGUGCACGCGCGCGCGCAUUGGCCCAGGUCCACUUGUCCGCGCGUGGAGGGAAGUGUGUGUGUGCGCAGCGUGACCUUCCACACGUGUGUGCAGGGAGGCAUGCGCACUGGGCGCGCGUUCCCUGCAGGGGCAUCGGCCGUGCCCACCUGCGUGCUGGUACGGAGGCACUUGGCACGUGAGAAGGCGUGUGCUGUGUGUGUGUGCGCGCGUGCGCAGACGUGCGUGGCUUGAGAGACUGGGGUGCGUGCGAGCCGCGUGGACAGAGGGCCGUACGCGGAGGUGCAUGUGACCUGUGUGUGCGGGCGUGUGUGUGUGUGUGUGUGUGUGUGUGUGCGCGUGCACGGGCGUAGACCCAGGCGUGUGGGAGUGCCCGCGUGUGUGUGCCUGGUGCCUGCAGCGCUCGCUUCGCCCCCCACCCGCCGGCCCCGCCCUCUCCAAGGCCGCAGCACGUCGCCGCCCCUCAGCUGCAUGCGCCUCGCUGCUCCGUCCAUCAGUGUGUGCUUGACCAAGAAAAACUAAGACGUCUGGGGGGACCCCUGUACCCGGCCCCCCACCCCCGCCCGCUGUGCUGUGUAACUCGCAUGGGGGGGUUCCUUUCCUGCCCCGUCCACGAUAUGCUGUUUCCCCAGGAGUCCCCCCCACCCCCCUGCCCGGCCCGAGGCUCUGAGCCGGGGAGCCCCAGCUGGGGUCUCCCCACCCCCGGGCUGAGCUGCGGCUCCGCACCCCGCCCCGUCCACCCCGUAGGGCCCGUGUUGGUGUAGCAGUGAUGGCUUCUGUGGAUAUUCUGUGACCUGUCAGUGUAACUUGACAAUUUCUAAAUGGAAAAGGGUUGCUGUGUUUUCUGUCUCUUUUUUUAAUGUCCUUUUUCUUCUCACUUCCCUGCUCUCUUUCCUUUCCGGUUUUUCUAGCCGAGUGUUUGGGGCUUAAAUAAAACUUGUUUCUUUUUCCUCUCCUGGAUCUCCUUUCUA